AUGUUUAUUGGUGUUAUUAUCCCAUUAGUGUUUGUCAUUACUGAAGUUUUAGGAUUUAGUGAUUCGGUUUAUGAUCAGUUAGUUGAUACUGCAUAUUAUUGCAAGGCUUCAUACUGUUCAGUUGAAUCUACUUUCCAACCAGGUCCCCUGGAAGAUGCCUGUCCUGGUUUAACAUUUUGUCGUAAUCAAACAACAACAACUAUUGAAGCAAUUUUCAAUCCUGAUGAAACACAGAAUGAGAUUAGUGGAUAUUCAUAUUUGACUGUUGAUCAUGAAAAGAAAAAGAUCUAUAGUAUCUUUAGAGGUACGAUGACUGAUGGUGAUAAACUUACAGAUGUCUUAGCUUUCCAAUGUCCUUAUGUUCCAGUUUUACAAAAUAAUUUAAAAUUUGAAGAUUUUGAAAAUAUUAAAGAUCAUGAUGAAUUAUCAAGAAAGAUCUUGAGGAAAAGUGGAGGUCAAAAAGUUUGUAAAGAUUGUUUUGUUCAUUGUGGAUUAUAUGUUGCAUUUAUGAAAUUUAUUAAUAGGGUCUUUGAUACUGCAAAGCCAUUCUUGGACCAAGGUUAUGAAUUAACAAUUACUGGACAUUCAUUAGGUGGUGGAUAUGCUUUAUUAACAGGUGCUGAGUUUAGAGCUCAAGGGUAUGGUUCUUUUUUAAUCACUUAUGGUUCACUAAGGGUUGGUAAUCCAAAUUUUAAUAAAUGGGUUGAUGAUAUUUUCGAAACUGGGAAAGCUGCUAGUAUUGUUGAGAAAGGUGGUGAUUUACCAAUUCCAUCUUAUUCAAGGGUUUUCCAAACAGUUGAUUUUGUUCCUCAUUUACCACCAAAUAUUCCAAUUAUUUUAGAAUAUGGACAUUCUGGAUUACAAUUUGAAAUCACCAAAAUAGAAUUACCACAACCUAAAAAUGUUGUCAAGUUUAAAGGACCUCCAAAAAAAUAUAGAAGUGAUGUUGAUGAGACUGAUGAAAUCAAUUCAAUUAAUAGAAAUUCUCGUGGUGCUUUAUGGGAUGCUAUUUGGUAUCCACAUCAGCGUAUGUUUAUCAAUUUCUCAUUGCCUUGUGAGGAUUAUUGA